GCGGGCACCGAGUCGUCUGGCAACACUGCGGGCACCGAGUCGUCUGGCAAGACUGCGGGCACCGAGUCGUCUGGCAAGACUGCGGGCACCGAGUCGUCUGGCAAGACUGCGGGCACCGAGUCGUCUGGCAAGACUGCGGGCACCGAGUCGUCUGGCAAGACUGCGGGCACCGAGUCGACUGGCGAAACAGCGGGCACCGAGUCAUCUGGCAAGACAGUGGGCUCCGAGUCAACAGGCACGACAGUGGGCACCGGGUCAUCAGGUAUCGGAUUGUCUGGCUCGACAGCGGGCAUCGGGUCACCAGGCAUCAGGUCAUUUGGCUUGCCAGCAGGCACCGCGUCAUCUGGCAAGGCAGUGGGCACCGGGUCACCAGGUACGACAGCGGGCUCUGAGUCAAUUGGCACGACAGCGGGCACUGGAUCAGGUACCGGAUCAUCUGGAUCAACAGCGGGCAUCGAGUCAACUGGC